AUGUCAGUUACCGCGCCCACGCGACAGACAUUGCGCCACCUUCGACGACUCUGUCGCUUAUCCUCCCUCGUCGAAUCCGUCGGGCCAGCGUCGCAAAGACUUUAUUCACACUCCUCACAUCCUCUCCCUCGUGCCAUCGCAUAUCCCUCCCGUCACCAAAGCAGAGCCAUCAGCGCGAGUUCCGUAAGAUGGCAGGAUUCACAAGGGGCCUCGUCCGCUGCCACCGCCAGCUCCAGCAGUAGCAGCGACCCGGACAGCGCCCCUCCCUUACCCGACAUAUCGAACUAUUACACAGUCUUCCCGAAUACUCUUUCCACGGGUCCUCCACCCCACGGGCCGUUCGAUAUCCCUUUGUCCCAGCUGAAGCGCGAAUUUCUACUCCUCCAAUCCCAACACCACCCUGACAAAUACACCUCCCGGCCCACCGCUCAUCAGAAGGCCAUGGCGCUGUCCUCCCUGUUAAACAGCGCAUACAAAACACUGUCGGACCCGCUGCUACGUGCGCGGUAUCUCUUGCACCACACCUAUGGCGUCGACAUCACGUCAGAGGAUAACAGCACGCACAGCGGUCUGACGGAUCACCAGACGCUUAUGGAAGUCAUGGAAGCACAAGAGGCGAUCGAGGAAGCCGAAACUCAAGAACAGAUCGAUGCCUUGAAGGACGAGAACCAAGCAAGGAUAGAUGAAACGAUAAAACUUCUUGGAGAAGCCUUCGAAAAAGAAGAUGUCCAGUUAGCAAAGACGGAAUGUAUUCGUCUGAAUUACUGGCGCAGUUUACAGCAGGGCUUGCAUGAGUGGGAGCCUGGGAAGGAAGUACGACUGAUACACUGA